CUGCACGACUGCCCUAGACCGUUGUUGUUAAUUUUUUAAAACCAGUCAGGAUAUUUCGGUAAUAUGUGAUAAAAGUGUCCCAUCUUACCCCACGGUACUAUAUGUAAUCAAAUUACAUAGCCGAAAAAAAAAUUCAUAUUUAAUCUAAGCACAUGUAUAUGAAUACUGCUUUGUAUUUUACGCAUGCCUAUCUACACCUAAACCAAUCUAAACAUUCCUUAGUAUUAAUCAGCCGAUUUUUUCAAGCAAACUUUUUUUAAACGUAAGAAAACAUCUUUGUUUAAACCUGCUUACAAAUUUGAUCUUAUUUUUAUACCUUUACAAAGCUAUGCUUUGACCAAGAACUUUUAAAGCUGUCUUAUAAUAAAGACCGCAAUUUAAAUUACGUAUAAACAAUGACGUAAUUUGGUGCUACCAACCGCCGAAAAAAACGGGUUUUAUGAAUUCGCUUUUUUGUUCAGGCUGAUUGCAGAUGCUUUUUUUAAUUUUCUUCAACGAUUUAUAAACCAAGUUCGGAUAAAUUCGAUCACAUCUUCCAAAUUUGGUGCGGCAAGUUUUUAGGUUUUACAGUUUUUAAAAUGAAAGACAAAAUUUUCUGUGCUUUUGCGUUCGCUUACAGUUUAAUAUUAAGCAAGAUUGCCAGUUGUGUAUAUGUUCCAACCCUUGACAGUUUACCACUUCCUUCAAGUCGUCGAAUAGGCUCCUCACGUCAUAUGCUGAUAGCAAGCAUAACUAAAGGAGCCGUAUCUUUACAAGUUGGACCGGAAUCAUUUCAUCAACUGUCCGACAACUCCACGGUUUGCCAGUAUAAGAGGAAUUACUACGCACAUGGGAUGCGUUGGAUUGACAACAGAAGUUGCAGACUUUGCGUUUGCUUUGCUCCACAAUUUAUUGCUUGUGCUAAAAUAACACUGGAGCCCACACAUAUUCCAGAGAAUUGUGUCACUGAUCCGACUGGGAGCAGAAGCCGAGCACCUCUCCUGGGUUCAUGCAUUGUACCCUUGAUUGAAAGAAGCUCUUCUCUGAGACGUCCUAUUCCGUGCAGAGAUUGGGAAUUUCAGCGAUCUCUUGCGGGAAAGCAAUGGUCUCCUUCCCGCGACGAUCCAGAAAAUUUCGCGAUCGCUUCAAGCGCUAAACGUAGCAAUGCAAAACGGAGGGCAAGAAAAAUCACUGUGAAAGAAAUGGCCAACUGGCUCUUGCUAGUUGCGAACCAAACUCGGUUUGGCGGGCCAACGAUUCAUUUUAUUCAGGAAUGAUUUACUUUUUAAUAAAAUGUUACGAAAUUCAAAACAUGUGUUUUGAACACUUUUUUUCUGUGUAAUAUGUGUGUUUAAUUGUAUGUUCAACUAUACACGAAGAGCUCUUUUUAUAUUUAAUUUGUUUAUAAAAGAACCAUUUGAGUUUGGUCCUAUACAUUCAACCCUGUACCUUCUAUAUUCCUGUGGAAACGAGUAUUUUUGUAAUAAAAGGUCGAAAACAAAGAUUAA